CAUCUCUCAGCAAGAAACCACACCAAUUCAACAUUAACUCCCAACAACUGCUGGCAUUAUGCUUUUGUAUGUCUCUGUCGCUGUAUUGUGUUAUGCUGCUCUAGUUGUUUCAACACCACUGCCUUGUCAGGACCCAGUCAACCUUGAUGGGAUGUGGAAAAAACUCCAAGCUGAAAACGGAAAUAACGUCUUGGAACGUAUACCUUAUGAAGUUUCCAAUCUCAAACAAGAAUUAGUUAAUGGGAAGUUAACAUUUGGUGAAACAUCUUGCCCAAGUAAUUCUUUAGAAUUACUGAAAACAAUAGGUGCCUCUCUAUAUCACAGAUCAACAUGUCCAUACUAUUACGUCAUGGAAGAGGAUACUAAACGCUAUCCUAAAAUGAUAACAGAAGUACGCUGUCGUUGUCAAGGUUGUCUAGAGAAAUCAGGACAAAGCGAUUUCAAUGUAUGCGAACCUGUUACCUUACCUAUGAAAAUGUUAAAAAAUACAGGAGUCUGCGAAAAUGGUGUGUGGAAAUACGAGCCAUAUACUCACCAUCUACCCGUCACUUGUACAUGCGCAGUUGGACGUGAAAAGGAAAACUCUAUUCUGAUGACAAGUCCUCCACUCGGUGCUGAUGGGCCUGAAUCCAUGUAAACGUUAACCAACUUACUAACUAUCGAUGCAACGGAAGCAGGGUAAAUCAUGGAUAAAGAACAAAUCCAAAUCAAUGUAAGAAUAAGAUCUGAAUCCAUGAAAACGUUAACCAACUUACAACCAAAUCAGGGUAAAUUAUGGAUAAAAAACAAAUCCCAAUCAAUAUUAGAUAUAAUAUUGGUUACCAUUGUCUUUCUAUCUAACUUGCCGUUAUUCCAGUAUGUGUAAUGUGUUCACUGCCAACAUUUUAUUAUAAAAAAAACGUUGUUAAUGUAUGUAAACGUGAAGUGUAUGUGAAGACUUGAGUGAAUCUGUGACUAAAAUGACUAAAACAUUGUGUAUGAUGUUGUGUAAUUAACAUUGGUAAACAUGUGUAUGCUAUGAAAGGAUCUGUUAACACCUGUCUCAUUUCGUAUAAACAAUACUCAUCCAACAUGUGCCUCAUUCAAAGCAAAUGCUGUGACGGAAAAGUACAUUUUGUUAUCUUUUUUUAUAUGUUUUUAAGAAUUUAUUUAUACAUGUGCAUUUAAUAAAAUUUGUUAAUAACUUAA